AUGGCAGCGCUCCUCGCCGCCUGCAGCAGCGCCACGGCGCUCAGCAGCAAGGCCGCCAUUGCCCGGCAGCCCUUUGCAGCAGCGGCAGUGCGCCUACCUGCGCGGCCAGCGGCACGGGCGAUGCAGGCGGUGGCCAUGGCCAAGCCCACAAAGGCGGGCGAGUUCCGCGGGCUGAGCAACGAGGAGAUCGACUCGGCGGUACAGGAGGCCAAGCGGGACAUGUUCUCCAUGCGCAUCAAGUUUGCCAAGCGCGAGGCAAGUCCCUGCCUGCCGUGUGCCUCCGCCUGCUGCGUGCCGGCGCCUGCCGCCAGACGCUGCCUGACGCCAGACGCUCUGCCUGUAGCCUGGGAAUCGCGGCAGCGGCAGCGGCUGCGGGUGGUGGUGGUGGUGGUGGACUGGAAGCCCUCUGACUACAAGGCGCUGAAGCGCCGCAUCGCGCAGCUGCUGACGGUGCGGCGGGAGCGGGAGCUGGCGGCGGGGAUGGACCGCCGCGCGUCCAAGGCCGGCGAGCGCCGGAAGCUCGUCGACGCCGGCCUGGGCAAGUUUGCCAGCUGA